UUUCCAGUGUGUCCUUGAAAUCAGCAAUACUUCUUCAUUCCUCUUCACCUUUGCUUUUCUCAGAUCGAAAACAAGCUAACCAUGGCGAGCCGGACAUCGGAGCUUGUGGGUCGGGUCGACCCAGCUCAGAAAUUCGACAUUGAUGCUCUGCUCCGUUAUGCGAUCUCUCAUGUUGAUGGGUUCCCUCAAAAUCCAUCUCAAUUCACUGUUUCGCAGUUUGGGCAUGGCCAAUCAAAUCCCACCUUUCUCCUGGAAGUUCAGUCUGGAUCUCUGAAGAAGAAAUAUGUGAUGAGAAAGAAACCUCCAGGAAAGUUACUUCAUUCUGCACAUGCUGUUGAGAGAGAAUUUCAGGGUGUGGAACCUAGGCGAAGGAGUGCAAUAUAUCGUGCAACUGCUAAAGCUUUGGCAUCUCUUCAUUCUGCUGAUGUGGAUUCCAUUGGGUUGCGUACUUAUGGGAAACCAAAUAAUUACUGUAAACGGCAGGCAAGAAUUGCUUUCUUUGGGAAAUUGCAACCUCAAGUUGAUAGAUGGGGUAAACAGUACAUUUUCUCUACCGGCGAGGGCAAAUCUGACAGAAACCCAAGGAUGUUGGAGCUUUCUCAGUGGUUGAGCCAACAUAUUCCUCUGGAAGAUUCUUCGGGAGCAGCUGCAGGUUUAGUACAUGGCGAUUUUCGGAUUGAUAAUCUUGUUUUUCAUCCUAUUGAGGAUAGAGUGAUUGGCAUUCUUGAUUGGGAACUAUCCACCCUAGGCAAUCAAAUGUGUGAUAUUGCAUACAGCUGCAUGCAUUACAUUGUGGAUAUUUCUCUGGACAAAGUAGAAAAGAAUGGUGGUCUUGAAUUCACUGGAUUACCUGAUGGGGUUCCUUCAUUGCCUGAGUAUCUCGCAGAUUAUUGUGCAGCUGCUGGCAAACCAUGGCCUGCCGCAAACUGGAAGUUUUAUGUCGCCUUUUCUCUGUUCCGUGCGGCAUCUAUUUAUGCUGGAGUACAUUAUAGAUAUAUCUUGGGAAAUGCUUCUGGAGGAGAACGUGCCCGAAAUGCUGGAAAGAAAGCUGAUGCCAUCAUUGAAACUGCAUGGGAUUUUAUUAAUAGGGAAUCUGCUCUUCCAGAUCGUCCUCCACAGGGAUCAGUAUCUCGGGAGCAUGUGGAACAACUUGGAAAAGAAAACAGAGACAGCUUACAUUCAAGCGAAGGAAGGUUUGUUCCGAAUCAAAAGGUUCGAGAUUUAAGAAACAGAUUGAUCAAGUUUAUGGAGGAUAAUAUAUACCCAAUGGAAACCGAGUUCUACAAACUCGCUCUGUCUAGCAAGCGCUGGUCCAUUCACCCCGAAGAAGAGAGGUUAAAGGAUCUUGCUAAAAAAGAAGGGCUUUGGAACUUAUGGAUUCCUUUUGAUAGUGCCGCCAGGGUUAAGCAAGUCAUUUCCGGUGAAAGAAGAGACGAUCAUGUUGAAGAGGCGAUCAAUGGCUUACUGGGCGCUGGUCUUUCGAACCUUGAAUAUGGAUACCUUUGUGAGGUCAUGGGCCGUUCCGUGUGGGCCCCACAGGUGUUCAAUUGUGGAGCACCGGAUACUGGAAACAUGGAGGUGCUAAUGCGCUAUGGAAAUGCGGAACAAAUACGUGAAUGGCUUGUUCCCCUUCUUGAAGGAAAUAUACGCUCUGGCUUUGCAAUGACUGAGCCCCAAGUUGCCUCGUCUGAUGCUACUAAUAUAGAGUGUUCUAUCACAAGACAUGAAGAUUGGUAUAUUAUCAAUGGGAGGAAGUGGUGGACAAGUGGAGCCAUGGAUCCUAGGUGCAAAAUCCUUAUUGUCAUGGGAAAAACUGACUUCAAAGCCCCCAAACACAGACAACAAUCGAUGAUUUUGGUUGACAUCAACACACCGGGUGUGAAUAUAAAAAGGCCAUUGACCGUGUUUGGAUUUGACGAUGCCCCUCAUGGGCAUGCAGAAAUAACUUUCGAAAAUGUACGCGUGCCAUCCAAGAAUAUCCUCCUAGGGGAGGGUCGUGGAUUUGAAAUUGCACAGGGUAGGCUGGGGCCUGGAAGAUUGCACCAUUGCAUGAGGCUGAUUGGAGCUGCUGAGCGGGGCAUGGAGAUGAUGAUUCAGAGGGCAAUAAGCAGACGGGCUUUCGACAAAUUAAUCGCCCAACAUGGAUCAUUCGUUUCAGAUAUUGCUAAGUGUCGUAUAGAUCUAGAAAGCACUAGAUUGCUUGUUUUAGAAGCCGCAGACCAGCUCGACAGGCUCGGGAACAAAAAGGCUCGUGGGACUAUUGCCAUGGCCAAGGUUGCUGCUCCAAACAUGGCACUAAGAGUGCUCGACAUGGCCAUGCAAGUGCAUGGUGCAGCCGGUGUAUCUGGGGACACUGUAUUGGCCCACCUUUGGGCCACUUCACGAACAUUGAGAAUUGCCGAUGGCCCAGAUGAGGUUCACUUGGGAACUAUCGCGAAAUUGGAGCUUAGAAGAGCCAAGCUUUAAACGAUGAUCGAUUUUCGUUUUUGUUUUUAAUGAAUGGGUAAUAAUGUAUUUGUUGUUUGUAAUGUGUCAAUGAGCUUUUGGUGAAAGUUAGAAAUAAAAGAAUUGAGAACUAUGUAUGUAUAGACGUGCACUGUAUAAGGCUAUUGUUAGGCAACAUUUGUUGCAACAGAUAUGCAUAUUAUAUUACUAUGAGAUGUUCAUAUUCUAAAAAAUAA